UGUUUUUUGUUUUUUUUUCGAGCCAAGCUCCUACCCUAGUCCUACCGGCUUUGGCGGUCAUCCUUUCUCUGUGAGCUAGUCUGUCAUCGGCGAUCUUUUUGGGACAAGCGUCAACGUAGACAAAUCGCCGAUUUAGUCACCACCUACCGGAGGAGCACAUAAAGAGAGAAGAAGGGGAAGAUUAAGAAAAUCAGAUUGAAAAAAUAAAAAUAAAACAGAAAUGGAGUAUCAGAAAGUCUCCUCUCCGAUUUUGUCCAAGAAACUUGCGAAUAGCUUUAGCUUUAGUGGACAGAGUGUAUACGACGGCGUUUUUAGCGGUCAAAGAAAGGAUGUUUCGCCUGUUGAAGAAGAUUACGGUGAGAUAUUUGGUGGCUCUGGUGGAUGUUCGAUUCCUAUUCUUGAUGUUCCGGAGUUGAACGAGAGAAAGAUUUCGGUUGAUGUUAACAGCUCGAAACUUGAUUAUUCAAAGAUAUUCGGUGGCUUUGGAGAGUUUAAUUUGGGCAUCUCUCAUGAGGAACUUCAUGUGAAACCAAAGAACAGAGACAGCUGCAUCGAAGAGGCGAGGACACCAGCUGAAAGAGGAGCACAUAGUUCUAACUUUUCAGUAGAAAAUCAAGUAUUGUCACAAGAAGCCACUCAUGAGUCAUUAGAUGGUGUGAAACAGUCAAAAGUGUUUUACCAUAAAACCCAGGAAGGAGGAAGGAAUGGGAUAACCGGGACAAAAAACUUAGCUCAGUGUCAUGAUGUUCCAGGUCAUACUCAUUUAAUUGAUGAAGUUGCUCCCUCACAGAUGAAUGGAGGUGAUAAGCCAUUAUUAUCAGUACCAAAUAACACUUCCCAUAAUAGUAGUUUCAGUGGGGAGAUAGUGAGAGGCAAAUCUGGCAGGAAAGUUGUGUCAACCUGCUCACCUGGGGGUGCUAGAGAGCAGGUUUCUGGAGAUGGUGCUAAAUCUAAAUAUAAAUCGAAUAGGAGUAGAUCCUAUUCAAUUGAUAUGCCACUUGAUGCUUAUGAAAUUGACCUUAGGAAACAUUCUUCAAAAGUAUCACUGUCUUCAACCUGUCCACUUACUGGUUAUAAUAAAGGUGAUUCAAAGGUACCAAUGACUUCAAAGUCUGGGUUUUCUGAUAGUCAUUCUUCUGAAGAUGCUGCAGAUAUUUGUUCACCAACUUAUUUUGAUGAGGAAGUAGAUGUAAAUUCAGUUGCCGCUUCCUCUGCAGCUGCUGUGAAAAAAGCAAUCGAGGAGGCUCAAGCUAGGAUAAGAAUUGCAAAAGAAAUAAUGCAAAGAAAGAAGGAGGGUCUUCAAAACCAUGUGAAGCUGAGACCUAACAAUGUCUCAAAGACAAAGAAGAAAAGAGAAAGUACAACCAUAGAUAAAGCAAACAAAUCCAGAGAAGAGGAAUGGGAGAAAUGUAAAGUUGAUAUUCAAGUGCCAGUUGCUGGGGUAGGAACACAAAAUGCAAAAUCAAGCCAAGUGGCACUGGACUUCACAGAAAGGGAUAACCUAAGUUAUGCCAAGGGAGCUUCUGAUGAAACACAUGAACAUGAAAACAAAGUAACUCCAGUGGGUCAUGAGUGGGAAGAAGUAAAUGAUAGGAUUGAAUCAGUAAAUGAAUAUGAACUGAAAGAGAAAAGCUCUACUAUCAAUAACUUUGAGAAGCCAGAAGAAAAUGGUGAGAAAUUAGAAGUUUCUGAAGAGACUUAUAAACAGGAAGAAAUUGAGAGGAAGCUGAAUAUAGUGGAAGAGGCUUGUGAGAUGAAAGAAUGUGCUGACAAACCAAAGUUGGGUGAGGUUCAUGAUCGGGAAGAAGAUAGAAAGAAAUUACAGGCUGCUGGGCUGGCGGAAGAAAUGGAGGCGAUGUUUAAAGAAUCCCAUGAAGAAGAAGCUUCUGAAAUGAAACUGAGUAGGUUUCAGGAACCAACAGCAAAUGAGAAGAAUCUAGAAAUGCAAGAAUCUAAUUACGAUGAAUGUAUGAAGAUGAGGACACUAAAUGCCGAGAGGGAGUGGUUGGAAACUGAACAGAAACAACAAGAGAUAUCUAAACAAGAACAAAGUGAUGCUCGAUCUGAAGAUUUUCCUGAAAAGGAAGAGGAUGAUGCUGGAUCAAAAGAGAUUUUCAAUCAUAAAGAAAAUGGAAAAGAAGAGGAAAAAGCAGCUUGUGACCAGGUAGAAUUUGACAAGCAACAAAAAGAAGCUGUUACUGCUGAAGGAAAUGUAGGAAAAAGAGAUGUCCACUGUGGAGAAGAGGCUGAAAAGGUAUAUGAUAUAGCUGAGGAUCUGGAAAAGAUUGAGGUGACGAUAUAUGAUGUUCAUGAUGGCAAAAAAUGCGAGGAAAAAUCAGACAAGGAUGGUGAAGUAGUGAAAGAAAAUAUUAUAGAGGCAGAAGAAAAUGGGAAGUUACUGAAAGAGACGUAUGAAAUCAUAGAUAUGAUGAGACAGAAAGAGGGUUGUGAAUGCACAGAAUCUGGACAAAUGCAAGCAGGGAUUGAUCAGAAAGCAGCAGAUGAGAAGAUGAAAGCAACUCAAGAGGCUCUUAACCACUGUAAGAAUAAUUUUGAGGCAGUUAUUAAUGUAUGUGAGCAGGAAGAAAUUGGGAUUUUAAGGGAUACCCUGGGACCCUCUGGUCAUGAAGAAAAUGAUGUAUCUCUGAAGAUACCCAGACAUGAAGAAAAUGGGGAGGUAAUGGAAGUUUCUCCAGCUUCUUCUGAGUGCAAAGGUAUGGAAACAGAAUCAAAUUCUGCUGAAGUGGUGAAUGAACUGGAGACAAAAGAGGUUUCUGAAGUUGAAAUAGCUGGAUUGGAACAGAGUGUCCUUGAACACAAAGAGACUAAGAAGCAAGUAAAUGAUACAACCGCAGCUGUUGCUUUCAAUUGCAAUAGGGUAAAUGAAGGAAACACUGAUAUGGAUGUACCACAAAAGCUAAAUUAUCCACAUGGAGAGGCAUCUGUGACUGUGACUGUGACUGUCUGUAAUGGUGAAAAGCAUGUUGAAGAAUUGCCUUGUGAAUCAGAAGACAUCUUUGAGGAUGCUGAGGAAGUUGCUGUUGCAAUUGAACAGGAAGAAGAAGAGGGUGACUUUCAAUUUUCCAGUGAGAGUUGGGUUGACAGUGAGAUGAAUACGGAUGGCAGUAGGCCACCUAGUAUCUUUCAAGCAGAAGAGGAAAUGGCAGAGAUAUCUAAUGGUAUCAAGACAAGCCAGAACACAGAAAGAAAUGAAGAGACUUAUUCUAAAAUCCCAGAAGCCGAAUGUUCUAUGCAGAAAGAAGGGGAAAUAGAGAAGGAGAAUAUGAGAAAAAUAGAUCAAAUAAAAGAGAGGGAAAGGGAAAAGGAGAAGGAGAGAAUAGCUGUAGAAAGAGCAGUCCGUGAAGCUCGUGAACGGGCCUUGACUGAAGCCCGAGAAAGGGCAGAAAGAGCUGCUGUUGAGAGAGCAAAUGCAGAAGCACGUCGAAGGGUAAUGGCAGAAGCCCGAGGAAGGUCGGAGAAGGCUUCUGCAGAGGCAAAUGACAAGACUUCUAUGGAAGCCAGACUUAAAGCUGAGCGUGCUGCGGUAGAGAGAGCAACUGCAGAGGCCAGAGCACGUGCCCUAGAAAAAGUAAUGUCUGAGAAGGCUGCUGCAGUGGCAAGAAAUCAAGCUGUAAAAUCCUCUGGUGCUUCCAGAGACAAUGGGAUAAAACAGAACUUCACCUCCAACGAUUCACAAUAUAGAAGCUCAGGUCCUACCAGAAGUUCAGGACAUCUUACUUCAUCUCAUAAUAGUGUUCCUCAGUCUAACGAUAAUUUUGUUGGAGUUAAUGGUGAAUCAAUUCAGAAGGAUAAAGCUAGUCUGGAGAGGGAUAAACGGACAGCAGAGCGUGCAGCCAAAGCUCUUGCAGAGAAGAAUAUGCGUGACCUUCUUGCAAAGAAAGAGCAAGCAGAGAGAAAUAGAUUAGCGGAAGCUCUAGAUGCUAAUAUCAAAAGGUGGUCAAGCGGGAAGGCUGGAAACCUGCGUGCACUACUUUCAACUCUGCAAUAUAUCCUUGGGCCUGAUAGUGGCUGGCAGCCAAUUCCUCUUACAGAUCUUGUAGCAGCUGCUGCUGUAAAGAAAGCUUAUAGAAAGGCCACCCUUAUUGUCCAUCCGGAUAAGUUACAGCAGCGAGGUGCAAGCACACAGCAAAAGUACACAUGUGAGAAGGUUUUUGAUCUUCUAAAGGAUGCUUGGAACAAAUUCAGCGCUGAGGAACGCUAGACAAUCGUCUGUCUUUCAAUGGAGUGUAGUCGGAAGUACACAAUUCAUGAUUAUGACAAGCCGUUACAAAUAGGAAACAAAUUUUAUCCAUUGUUUUUCUGAUAGUCAUUUGUAACGUGGUAAACAAUUGUACUUUGACAAUGCAUUUUCUGCGGUCCCAAGUAUAUAUUAUGUAAUUGCAGCCUGGUAUAACUAGUUGGAAACAAGCUUUAGCCAUUCUUUUUAUA